GCUAAUCCACACCUACGUCAAGAAGCUUGGCCUGAAGCUGAACAAGUUCAUCCAAUAUGAUGGCAAUACCUGGUACCUCAUCAAUGGACAACGACAUCGCAGUUGGGAGGUCAAGGCCAACCCAGAGAUCCUGGGCUAUUCCAUGAACCCCACAGAGAAGGGCAAGAGUGCCAUGAAUCUCUUCCACCAGUCCAUUAUCAAGCUCAAACAAAGUCUGAAAAUGUUCAACUGCAGCCACCUGAUGUCCUUCUAUGAUUCUUACUCCACCAAGGCUUACCUGGUGAAGAAAGGGAUGCUGAGUGGAGGCGCAGUGCAGAUGAUUGGAGAUGUGAUGAAUGAGAACGCUGGGUACUAUAAAUCCCUCCUGGAGUCCCUGAGGAAUGCUAACAUCUUCUCCAAAAGUGAUGACUUUUAUGAGAUCACCGGGGGAUUUGACCAGCUUCCCAGAGCCCUCAGCACCAACCUAAAACCUGGCACCAUCCAUUUGGGAUCCAAGGUGGAGAUGGUAGUGAGGGAUGGGCCUGAAGUUCGGGUUUUGUAUCGCAAAGGUGGGCCCAUCUCGGAGCUGCACAACCUCACUGCUGACUACGUCAUCAUCUCAGCCUCUGCCAAGGCCACGCGCCUCAUCGCCUUCCAGCCACCUCUGUCCCCAGACAAGACAAACGCUCUGCGCUCGGUGCAUUACACCAGUGCUACCAAGGUGGUUUUGGCCUGUGAUGAGCGCUUCUGGGAACGGGAUGGCAUCCGAGGCGGGGUCUCCAUCACUGACGGGCCAUCGCGCUACAUCCACUACCCCAGCCACAGCUUCCCCAGCGGCAAAGGUGUCCUGCUCGCCUCCUACACUGUGGAUGACGAUUCCCUCUUCUUCACUGCCAUGAAGCAUGACCAGGUGGUGGAUAUCGUCCUGGAUGACCUGGCGGCAGUGCACCAGAUACCCAAAGAAGAGCUGCGGCAUCUGUGCCCAUCUUCCGUGGUCAAGCACUGGUCUCUGGAUCCCCUCACUAUCGGCGCCUUUGCUGAGUUCACACCCUACCAAUUUAUAGACUACUCACAAAAGCUCUUCCAGCCAGAAGGCCGUGUCCAUUUUGCAGGGGAACAUACCUCCCUGCCCCAUGGCUGGAUGGACACUGCCGUCAAGUCAGGCCUCCGGGCUGCCAGGAACAUCCAGGCUGCUGUGGACAAGGAGGCCACUCAGGGAAAGGCGCCUCUGCACCAACCCUUUGCCAACGUCCAGGAUAGUUCCUUCAAGAGCAAUCCCUAA